AUGGUGAGACAGCUACAGAUGUUCCAGAAAGGAAAGAUGAGACGUAACAUAGACAGGCGUGUGUUUAUAAUUGCUGGAUAUAAGAGAGUGUAUGAGUCUCACACGCUGGACUCCCAGGACUACCAGCCCCCGCUCCCCAUCACUACCAGCCCCCGCUCCCCAGGACUACCAGCCCCCGCUCCCCGGGACUACCAGCCCCCGCUCCCCGGGACUACCAGCCCCCGCUCCCCAGGACUACCAGCCCCCACUCCCCAGGACUACCAGCCCCCACUCCCCAGGACUACCAGCCCCCCGCUCCCCAGGACUAGCCCCCACUCCCCGGGACUACCAGCCCCCGCUCCCAGGACUACCAGCCCCCGCUCCCCGGGACUACCAGCCCCCGCUCCCCAGUACUACCAGCCCCCGCUCCCCAUCACUACCAGCCCCCGCUCCCCAGGGCUACCAGCCCCCGCUCCCCAGGACUACCAGCCCCCGCUCCCCGGGACUACCAGCCCCCGCUCCCCAGGACUACCAGCCCCCGCUCCCCGGGACUACCAGCCCCCGCUCCCCAGGACUACCAGCCCCCCAGCCCCCGCUCCCCAGGACUACAAGCCCCCGCUCCCAGGACUACCAGCCCCCGCUCCCCGGGACUACCAGCCCCCGCUCCCAGGACUACCAGCCCCCGCUCCCAGGACUACCAGCCCCCGCUCCCCAUCACCACCAGGACUACCAGCCCCCGCUCCCCAGGACUGGACUACCAGCCCCCGCUCCCCAGGUCUACCAGCCCCCGCUCCCAGGACUACCAGCCCCCGCUCCCAGGACUACCAGCCCCCGCUCCCCAGGACUACCAGCCCCCACUCCCCAGGACUACCAGCCCCCGCUCCCCAGGACUACCUACCAGCCCCCGCUCCCCAGGACUACCAGCCCCCGCUCCCCAGGACUGGACUACCAGCCCCCGCUCCCCAGGUCUACCAGCCCCCGCUCCCAGGACUGCCAGCCCCCGCUCCCCAGGACUAUCAGCCCCCACUCCCCAGGACUACCAGCCCCCGCUCCCCAGGACUACCUACCAGCCCCCGCUCCCCAGGACUACCAGCCCCCGCUCCCCAGGACUGGACUACCAGCCCCCGCUCCCCAGGUCUACCAGCCCCCGCUCCCCGGGACUACCAGCCCCCGCUCCCCGGGACUACCAGCCCCCGCUCCCCGGGACUACCAGCCCCCGCUCCCCGGGACUACCAGCCCCCGCUCCCCGGGACUACCAGCCCCCGCUCCCCAGGACUACCAGCCCCCGCUCCCAGGACUACCAGCCCCCGCUCCCCAGGACUACCAGUCCCCGCUCCCAGGACUACCAGCCCCCGCUCCCCCCGCUCCCAGGACUACCAGCCCCCGCUCCCCGGGACUACCAGCCCCCGCGCUCCCCAGGACUACCAGCCCCCGCUCCCCAGGACUACCAGCCCCCCCCCGCUCCCAGGACUACCCGACCCACUCCCCGAGACUACCAGCCCUCGCUCCCCAGGACUACCAGCCCCUACUCACCGGGACUACCAGCCCCCGCUCCCAGGACUACCAGCCCCCGCUCCCAGGACUACCAGCCCCCGCUCCCCAGGACUACCCGACCCACUCCCCGAGACUACCAGCCCCCACUCACCGGGACUACCAUCACAUUCUCCCGCAACUGGGGGUGCGAGGAAAAGGCUCAGAAUUCCGAGC